AUGGAGCCUCUCAACGUCUUGAUGGUCGGUACUGGAGAGUACACCACCGGCUUUGUCGGCGGCGGUGCCUCUGGCUCAGAUAAGAAGGUCGGUGUCGUCGGUCUCACCCUCUUCGACCUUAGGAGGAGAGGCAAGGUCAACCAGCUGGGCAUGGUUGGCGUCAAUGGCACCAAGUUCCCCGCCAUCAGGGAACACCUCGACAAGAACAUCACCCAGGUCUACAACGGCCUGGACACGUCGUUCGACUCGUACCCCGCCAACGACAAGAAGGACUCCGACUCGUACAAGACGGCCAUCGACGCCCUCAAGGCGGGCGACGCCAUUACCAUUUUCACCCCCGACACCACCCACUACCCCAUCGCCCUCUACGCCAUCGAGCGCGGCAUCCACGUGCUGCUGACCAAGCCCGCCGUCAAGGACCUCGAGCACCACCAGGCCCUCAUCGAAGCCGCCGAGAAGAAGGGCGUAUACGUCUUCAUCGAGCACCACAAGCGCUUCGACCCCGCCUACUCAGACGCCCGCUUCAAGGCCCAGAAGCUCGGCGACUUCAACUACUUCUACAGCUACAUGUCCCAGCCCAAGUCCCAGCUCGAGACCUUUAAGGCCUGGGCCGGCAAGGAAUCGGACAUCUCGUACUACCUCAACAGCCACCACGUCGACAUCUGCGACUCCAUGGUCACCCAGCUCGGCUUCGUGCCCGUCAAGGUCUCGGCCUCGGCCUCCAAGGGCAUCGCCACGAGCCUCGGCUGCGACCCGGUCACCGAGGACACCAUCUCGGUCCUCGUCCACUGGGAGAAGACGGGCGACCCCAGCAAGAAGGCCACGGGCGUCUACACGGCCAGCUGGACCGCGCCCCAGCGCGCCGGCGUCCACUCGAACCAGUACUUCCACUACCUCGCCGCCAACGGCGAGAUCCGCGUCGACCAGGCCAAGCGCGGCUACGACGUCGCCGACGACUCGGCCGGCCAGCUCAUGUGGUACAACCCCUUCUACAUGCGCUACGCCCCGGACGAGGACGGUAACUUCAACGGCCAGACCGGCUACGGCUACAUCUCGCUCGAGAAGUUCGUCGACGGCUGCAGGCAGGUCAACGCCGGCCAGCUCAAGCCCAAGGACCUCGACGCCAAGGGCCUGCCGACCCUCAAAAACACCAUCGCCACUACAGCCAUCCUCCACGCCGGUCGCAAGAGCAUCGACGAGGACCGCGAGAUCAAGAUCGAGAUCAACGACGGCGUCUGGAAACUGGUGUGA